GGUGGGCCUCAUCACCGCGGACAGGCGGGACAAAGCACUUGUUCAGAGGCUGUUUGUCGAAGCAAACCGUUGUCUCUAUCUUCGCCUCGGACUGCAGCUUAAAGCGGAGUCGCUACUUUUAAAGAUAGCCUCGAAUGAAGAGGUUCACUUUAAUAUUAAUUCAUCUCGGAGACAGGUUAGUUUUCUAACGGACACAUUAUUUAGCUCCUAACUUUCAGAAGGGGAGUUUUGACAGGAAACAGGGAUUGGCUGGAAGUUCCUAUUCCCCUUUAGCGUUCCACAGUACGGGAUAUCUUUGAGCGAUGUUCGACAAGCAGCACUAUGAGAGUCCACCUGUUUACUCUCCUCCUUUCCGCUCGCCAUCCAACAAUGGCUUUGGCCCUCCAGGCAGCUUCAAUGCUCCUCAGAGCGGUUACAACGCAUACCCACCUCCGCCGGGAUCUUACUACAUUGAGGACAAACCUCAGCACUUCUACAAAUGGCUGUCACCUCCAGGGAUCAUCAAGGCCAUGAUGGCUACAGUGAUCGUGUUGUGUGUGGCGAUUUUUGCCUGCGUGGCCUCCACUCUCAUGUGGGACAUGCAGUAUGGAAUGGGAAUGGGAAUGGGCUACGGCAGUGGAUACGGCGGCGGCAGCUACGGCUCAGGAUACGGUGGUUAUGGAGGUUAUGGAGGAGGCUACGGAGGAGGCUAUGGAAAUGGCUAUGGCUCCUACCUCUCUCCUUACUCAGCCAAAACCACCAUGAUUGCCAUGGCAGCCAUUAACUUCAUAGGGGCACUGGCCUUCUUCAUCACAAGCUUCUCUAAAUCCAACACUGUCCGUGGUAGAAAGUUCUUCCUGGCCGUCAUGAUAGCCAGCAUCAUCAUGGCAAUCCUGCAGGGCAUCAUAAACAUUGUCUACAUUGUCGGGGUGAACCCCAUGUCCCAGGGCACCUCCAGUAUGAUGUACAAUCCGAUGCUUAUGAUGUGCCAGAACCUCUACCAGACCAGCUACUCUCAGAUGGGAGGAGUGGGAGGCUUCCCCAUCUACAACCAGUACCUCUACCAUUACUGCUUUGUGGACCCACAGGAGGGAGUUGCCAUGGUGUGUGGAUUCGUGGUUGUCAUCGCCUUCGGUGUUGCGGCUUUCUUUGCACACAAAACAAGAGGGAAGAUCUGGCGAUACGGGAAACCAAACAUCUACUGGGAAGAGCCUCUCGUUGGUGGGAAGGCCUCAGAGGGCAGGGACGUAGAGGAAUGGGUGAACAAUGUAGAGGAAAGCCGCAGUGUUCAAGACGCCCCUACCCUGCUGGUAUCAGAGAAGGGAGCCGGGCUGCUCAACGCCUCAGCGAACAGUGUCAUCUCCUACCCCCCAGCUAAGGUGGACAGCAGCUCCUAUAACGAGGACAACUAUGACAACAAUGAGUACUCAGAUAGAACCACCAGCAGACCAUCAGAAGCCUUCUCCCACGGUGGACGAACCAGCUCGAGCCCUUCAGAGGGGACCGGCGGGGGCCGCAAACCCUCUGCCAACAGGGGCAAGAGACGCAGACGUAACCCAGAGCUGGAUGAGUCUCAGUAUGAGACAGAGUACACCACAGGAGGAGAAACAGGCAAUGAACUCGAUGGAGAAGAGUGGGAGAAUAUGUACCCAGAAAUAACAUCUGAUGCUCAGCGUCAUGACUAUAAGAGAGAGUUUGAUGCCGACCUUAAGGAAUACAAGCGCCUGUGUGCUGAGAUGGACGACAUUAAUGACCAGUUAAACAAACUCAGCCGUCAGCUGGACACACUGGAUGAAAACUCUGCCAAAUAUCAGGCUGUAGCAGUGGAAUAUAAUCAGUUGAAGGAUCUGAAGCAGACAUCGGACUACCAAUCUAAGAAGAAACAGUGUCGCAGCCUGAGACACAAACUGUUCCACAUCAAGGGCAUGGUGAAGGACUACGACAAGAACCACUGAUGAAUCCGCUGAGUCCUGACGCUCAACUCUGUGGUCCACACAGCAAACACUCACAGACACACAGGCCAAGAUACACUCCUAAACACUGCAAAGACUCUGUGACAUGCCGAGACCAAA